AUGGCAUUAACUGUGUUUUUAUUCAAAGUUUCUCAUCUUAAUUUAUCGAAAAAUUCCUCUCAAAUCAGUCUUAACACAAAUGAUAGUGAAUCAGUAAUGGACGCACCAACAGUGCGACUGAUUGUUGAUGAAAAUACGACACUACUUAGUGCGAAAACGACCUUUCGAGGUAUCAGUCUUUGGUCGAACAAUGUUCCGGUGUUUAAAGAUGAAGCAAGUUUUCUGGCACGUGGUCAACAGCCGAAGAAAUUCAAUUUUAAUCUAGCGGAAGCCUUAUCGUCAGCGGAUAAAAUUCGCAUGGAGUUCUAUACACAUACAAAUCGAAAAAAACGCAAAAAAUUAGUGGCAAUUUUUGAAAUGGUUUUAGAAUCUCUGAAGGAUUUACAAUUUGUCCAUCUAGUCGAUGAGAAUCUAUUCGAUCCACACAAUUAUCUAAUGACAACGACUGUCGAAUUGAAAUUGUACUAUACGCCGCCGGAUAUCGAGCAAAUUAACACAACAUUAGGUGCCACUGCUGCUGAUAAGCAGCUAACUGAUUGGAAAAAUGUAUUUGAUGAACAGGGAAGACAUGGUGGACAUCGAUAUCGACAUAUUCAUUCGAAAAAAGAUCCAACAAUUCGACGACUUCGUAAGAAAUUUGUUGGUCGUACUGACGAUGCUGACACCGAUUCAGGUAGUGAUGAAGAUUUCAAUAUCAAUGACGAGUUGAAAGCCGAUGAACCAGGCGAAGAAGAAAAAAAACAGAAAAUUCAACACGGAAACAUCGAAUUAUUACAAAAAAGUUUGGGUCGAUAUGAAGGUGAUCCAUAUGAAAUCAACGAAUGGCAAAUUAUGGUUCAUGUUAUUCAGGGACGAGAAUUUCCUGGAUUGGAAUUGAAUCCAUAUGUUUGCGUUCAAAUUGAUGAUCAGAAACGUUAUACAAAUAUUCAUCAAUCAUCGAAUUCGCCAUACUUCGGAGAAUUUUUCACCUUUGAUUUCGCUCUGCCGGCUAUGCAAGUGAUGCAGAAAGUGAUUUUUUUCAAAGUUCAUCAUUCGAGAAAAAUUAUCAGUACGUUUACAGACACAAAACCAAUCGCUGUAUUUCGAUUAGAUAUUGGCACUAUUUACAAUGAAAAAGAACAUUCGUUUGAACGAAAAUGGGCGCAAUUGAUCAAUCCGGAAAAUAUCGAAGCUUAUUGCGGCCAUUUACUUCUUUCCAUUACCGUCACAGAACGCGGCGCUCCAUCAGCGAAUUUGCUGAAUCAACUGGACGAAGACGAUGAUGAAUACAAACCCUCAAAAGCAUUGGUUCCUGCCGCUAUGCCACAUCCGUUAUUUCCCGUUCAAAUCAAAAUCACAUUUUACACCGCUUCGGAACUGCCAGAAAUGAUGACGGAAUUUCUGACAUCAGUUUCGAAAAAAAUCCUUCAACCCGACGGUUGGGAACCUGUCGAUCCCUAUGUUGAAAUCAAUUACAACACAAUGCGAGCUGUGACAAGUCAUAUCAAUGGUACCACACCAGUUUGGGGUGAAGCAUUUUAUUUAAUUGGACGUUUUCCUCCGUUGAUCCGAACGAUUAAAAUCGCAUUAAAGGAUCACGCGGCUGUUCAACGUGAUCGAAUUAUUUCGUCAACGUUCAUCGAUCUCUUCUCCAUUAGUGAAACAAGUUCGUCCGCAGGCUUUUUACCAACAUUCGGUCCGACAUGGAUGUUCUUGUACGGAAGUCCUCGUGAAUACACGAUGAAUAAAGAACAGGAUGGUCUUAGCGAAGGAAUGGGCGAAGCUGUUUGUUACAAAGGACGUUUAUUAAUGGAAAUCGAAUGUCAUCCAGUCAGUGGAGAAAACACAUCAAAUAUGACUGUACAAAAAGAAACUGGAAUUCAACUGCCUGAAGCAAAUUUAUUUCCAAUGAAACGAACAUUUCUUUUAUUUGGUUGUAUUUAUGAAGCGACAAUGAUUGACAAAGCAUAUGGAAAUACCUCAAUUUGUUUCGAAUUGAGUAUUGGUUCAAGUGGAUAUCUGAAUCCUCAGCAAAUGAUUGAAGCAACACGUGUUCCUGUCACAUCCUUAACGCGCUCGUAUCCAUCUGUUCCAGUUGACAACAAUAAACAAUAUUUUCGUUUACCGAUUGACUUACAAAAACCGAUCCUCUUUACAAAAUACACAUUUCACGAUUAUGUCUUUCGAAUGACAUUGUCCAAUCGUUUUAAAAAUGCCGCUGAACAUAUCCAAAAACAAAUUCGUAAUUUCGAAUGUAAAAUCGAUUCGCAAGUUUCCGCUGAAGCUCUCAUGGAAGAAUAUCAGAAAAUUCAUGAUUAUAUCCAUGCAUUGCCAUGUGGAUGUGCUGAACGUAUAUCCACCGAAGAUUCCUAUGGCAUCGCUCCUGUAGUUCAUCCGAGUUUAACUGAAGUCUUAGAUUCGGUUCCGACAUCAAAAACGAACACCUUGGACGAAAAGCGGCGAACGAAACUUAUAUUUAAUUUGAACUCUAUCAAAGCUUGGAUUUCGAAGAAACGCGAUUACGAUGAAUCGAAACGGUAUGAUAUCGUCAAAGAUUUGAAUCAAAUUGCUCGAGCAUUCCGAUUGAUGGCCGUUGAUGCACAACCAGCGUUACCAGAUGUAUUUCUAUGGAUGAUAAGUGAUUCGAAACGAGUGGCAUAUGUAAGAAUUCCAGCUGAAGAUCUUCUAUUCAAUUUAUGUGAAGGUGACAAAGGUUUUCACAAUGGUCGGGUUCAAACAUUCUUUCUCAAAACACCACGCUCAACGGAUAAACCAUUGAAUACUUCGGCGAAUGCCAAAGUGCAAAUGUUUUUAUGGCUGGGAAUCGAAGAGUACGAACCUUAUAUAUACAGACAAUUACCGACCGGAUUUGAUAUGCCAGUAUUACCAUUACAAGCAUCAACGAAAACUCUUCGCUAUGGCGAACGACAUUUCUAUGAAGUACGAUGUCAUUGUUUGAAAGCACGAGCGUUGAUUGCUUCGGAUGAUACGGGUUUGUCUGAUCCUUUUCUAAGUAUAACUGUCGGCACUGCAACACAAAACACACCGAUUCUUCUGCAAUCUUUAUGUCCACAAUGGAACGUGACAUUAGCCUUUCCGAAUUUAGUUCACGUAGGUGACCGGCGAUCCGCCGAACAGAUCAUUGGAAACAUUGUUGUCGAAUGUUACGAUUAUGACGAACAAAGUCUCCAGGACAAUGAUGGACCCGAUCUAAUUGGACGAUUUUCCACAACGGCUAAACUUAAUUUGUACAAGAAAGAUGAUCCGAAUCAGGAAUAUCCAUUUCAAUGGUACGAAUUCAAGAUGGGCGAUAAACGAGCUGGUGAACUUCUUGCAGCAUUUGAACUGAUCGAAAUGAACCCAGAAAAUCAAGACCCUGAUUCGACAUACGAAUUAAUAGAAUAUUCAAUAACACCGGAAAAUUUUCCUCCGGCAACUUUCAUCACGAAAACUAUCAAGAAACAUCCACUCUAUCGAAUUCCACAUCAACUCAUGCCACCGAUGAAACCUUAUGAAAUCGAAAUUAUGUUUUGGGGUUUACGAGAGUGUCGAUCGAUUGGCUUUCAAUCGAUCCAACAAGCUGAAGUGACGAUCGAAUGUGCAGGUGAACGAACAAUGAGAACAAUCAAAGAUGUGCAAAAAUAUCCGAAUUUUUCGGUCUCAACCGGUCAACCGGAUAUUUAUAUCCUUCGUGUUAAUUUACCUGACGAUAAUAAAUUCUGGCCACAUUUAAGCAUUCUUUGUGUGCAAAAUCGGCUCUUUGGAAUGAAAGAGAUCGUCGGAAAUUUAGUUGUCACUGAUUUACAAAAGUUUCUUGAUCGACCAUUUAAACAACUUUCACCAACUGAAGAAGCGUUGGCCAAUGCGAUUAACGAAAUGUCGAAAACAAUGCCCUAUGACUUCAAUCGCGUCCGAAAGUCAAUUGUUGACGCCUACGAAGCCGCCUUAGCGUCGAAAAAUAAAGAUAUUGGUAAGGAAAAACUAAGUAAAUUCGAGAAGGAAGCUGGCAAAGACGCCAAUGACCGGGAAAGUCAACGUGCGAUUAUCGAGGAUGAUGCAUUAUCUCAAACAAAAGAGGACGAUGACGAAAACAAGGAGUCCGGUGGUAAAAAGUCCAACGAACUACAGGAGAUGACAAGUGCUGACGAAUUAUCACCGAGUGAUGAACUGGGUAAUCGAGUUUUAAAAACCGUUGAGAAGAUCAAACGAGACGAAAUGGAAAAGAACGCCGGAUGGUGGAACAAAUACUACGCAUCGAAAGCCAGACUUAGAUUGCAACAACGAGCGAAUGCCGAACUCUUCGAAGAGCCGACAGACACCGCCAUUGCUUAUGCAGAUUUUUACGAUGGUCGACCAAAACGUCCGACCAGUCGAACGUUGGCUUUAUGGACGUCAGUAAAGAAAAUCUUUUCACAAGGUGGAAAAGCACAGAAAACGUUCAAUCGUCUCAAAGCUGCACAGUUCGAUCAAUCCGAAAACGAUAACAAAAAAAAAACAGCGUUCGAUGAAAGUUUGGACAGUAUAGAAACUGAUCGAUUGAAACAAUUAACAUUGCUCCAAACAUUCGAUAUCGUCGAAACAUCGUUGGAAAAUGUGUUUGAUUAUGAAGGAUUCAACGACUGUUUAGACACUUUUGCUUUAUACAAAGGAAAAGGUUCGAAUCGUUCCGACGAAACCGGUGAUGACAAACGAAUCUAUGCGAAAUUCAAGGGGAAACUUCGUAUUCGAGAAUUAUCCUCUCCUACAACCAUUGGACUACAGCGAGCAAGUACGGAUCCUCGUUCAUCAGUGUAUCCAGUUGCUGUGACCGAUGAUCCUCGGCAAGUAACCGAAAAUAUUUAUAAUCGAACAAACCAACAAAUGGGAACAUUUAAUCUAAACGAAAAUCGCAUAACAUUGAAAUGUCGAUUGUAUCUUAUCAAAGCAACGCUGUACCGUGGAUGGGAUGCGUCAGGCAAAGCUGAUCCGUUUAUUAAGAUAGCUUUAAAUGACACGACGAUCAUCGAUGAUACCAAAGGGAAACUUCAUAAUACUUUAGAACCAGUUUUUGGAAAAUGCUAUGAAUUCGAUGUCACUAUCCCAACGCAGAAUUUGUUACGUGUUCAAAUCUGGGAUUGGGAUAUGACCAGUUCAAAUGAUAUCAUCGCAGAAACAAAGAUCGAUGUCGAGAAUCGAUUUUUUUCAUGUCAUCGUGCCACAUGUGGUUUGCCAAAUCGUUACGAUAGUGCGGGUUACAAUGCUUGGCGUGAUACGAAAAAGCCGACGACAAUUCUUUCCGAAUUGUGUCAGACAACGUCACUGGCAAGUCCAAAGUACUCCGAGAAUUUUCAAUCUGUUCAAAUCGGUGAUAAGCGUUUUCAAUGUGAUCCUGCAUGCGUUGAGUUUGUUCUAAAUGCUAAAUCUGCGACAACGACACUGCAUCGAAAAGUUCAUCAUGAAUCACCAGAUGAAUACAUUCAACAAAACACCGCCUUGACCGCACUUCGUGCUUGGGGAAGAAAAGUAAAUCCGAAAUGUGCGUUAGUCGCUGAACAUAUCGAGUGUCGGCCAUUGUAUAAUGAUGAAUUUCCGGAUACCGAACAAGGCAAAUUAGAAAUGUGGUUGGAUAUGUUUCCUAUGUCUCGUCCGCCAUCGAGUUCUCCGAUUGAUAUAUCACCUGUGAAACCAGUGUCUUAUCAGUUACGCUUGACGAUUUGGAAUACAAAUGAUGUGGAAUUGAAUGAUGAAAAUUUUGUUACGGGUGAAAAAUCUUCGGAUAUUUAUGUGAAAGCGUGGAUCUUGGGAGAAAAUAUCGAUUCACAGCAAACCGAUAUUCAUUAUCGAUCAUUGACAGGCGAAGGCAAUUUCAAUUGGCGAUUUGUGUUUGAUUUUAAUUAUUUAGAAAUCGAGGAGAAAAUUGUUUACGAAGCGAAAGAUUCUGUUUUUCAAGUUGGAAACACAACAAAAAAAAUCCCACCACGAAUCGUCAUCCGUGCUUACGACGCAGAUCUUUUAUCCGCUGAUGAUUUUCUCGGUGAAUGUAUUCUCAAUUUAACACAUUUUCCACACGGAGCAAAAGCAGCGAAUAAAUGCAAAGCGAAUAUUGUAUUGAAUUCAAAACAUCCAUCAAUCAAUUUGUUUACUAAUAAGCGUCUUGCCGGUCAUUGGCCAAUGAUUGCUCCUGCGGCAGAAGGUGUUAUUCGAGAUAAAGAUAUGUUAGGUGGCAAAGUGGAAGCGGAGUUUCAAUUGCUGACAGCGGAGGAAGCUCAAAAGAAUCCAGUUGGAAAAGGGCGUGAAGCACCACAACCACUUGACGAACCAAAUCGACCGAAAACAUCUUUUCUUUGGUUUACAUCACCAUGGAAAACCUUACGUUAUGUUAUCUGGCGUAAUUUCAAAUGGCCGAUCAUCAUUGGAAUUAUUGUCGUCAUAUUUGUUAUCUUUUUUCUACUUGCUAUUUGGUCAUUACCUGGUCAAAUUAUUGCUCAAGUUACACAGAAAAUCUUCGGAACUUCUAGCGGAUGA